GGCAGCACUAUAUUUACACACCGUUUAGCAAGAAUAGCCGUAAAAAAAACGCACAGAAAUGUUUAUAUGGGCCCAACUUCAUGCUUGAUCGAGAUUGUUCUGAUACUUCCUAAAGUGUCAUUAUUCAGACGUUCACCAGAAAGUGCUAGAAAAAACAGUGCUUAAUUAUCUGGCUUUAAGUCCGAUGUAAGAUGAAGAAAUACAGAGAACUAUGGAGAGUGGAUUCUGUAGUUUGAGCGACACCGAAGACCUGCAAACGCUAAUUUCAAACACUGACAGCAGCCUCCACUUCGAAAGGUCUAAGACUCUAUUUGAAGAAAUUCGUGCCUCCAUCAACAACAGCGAUGAAGAGGACCGCUCCUUUUGGAGGCCCGUGCUCCCUUGGGGUGGCGUCUUCACCAUCAAAGCUGGACGGAAGGCCGUAUCGUGCACCCCCCUGUACGUCAAGAUCAAUCUAAAGAACACCUGCACCAUUGAUGGCUUUCUCAUGAUCCUGUACGUGAUUCUGCGGGACAACCAGGGCUUUCCCAGGGAGCUGGCGGUCUUCCUGGGCAAGCAGUUUGUGGAGCAUUUCCUCUACCUGAUGGACUCCUGUGACUACACCACGGUAAAGAUGCUGUGGAUCUGGGACAGGAUGUCUCGGAGACAGUACCGCUCUGAGAUCCACCGGGCAGCGCUGGAGAUCGAUCUGUUUGGGAACGAGCACGAGAACUUCACAGAGAACCUGGAGGACCUCAUGUCCACCAUGCAGGAGAGCCUGUGCACCAACUGGAGCUGCCCGACCCGCUUCCAGGAGUUCAUCAAGACCACAAUCAGCAUCAGCCCUCCUCAUGAGCUGCCCCACAGAGACCCCAUUCAGUCGGCCGUGGACGAGUUCUUCAGCCCCAGGCUCGUACUCUGCUCACAGCUGGGGUGUGAUGGCCUAAGGGAGUUCUCUCAGAGGGUUUUCUGCCACGGACCCCCACCCUUUGUCAUUCUCAACAUGCAGCAGUGGAAGUCAGAGGAUCUGUCCUAUGUUCCUUACCACCUGGCUCUCUGCCAGCACAGGUACUCACUGGAGGGCGCCACACUCUUCAACAAGGAGGAGCACCACUACUCUGCAGCCUUCCAGAUAGACGGCUGCUGGAUGCACUAUGACGGCCUGAGGAGUGACAAUCUGAUCCUGUUACACAAGCCACCAGAGCUCCUGCUGCUGUCCUCUCUGGUCUACAUCCGCACCUCCGACAAGUGAACGCGUCUCAUCGCAAGUUGACACAUGGAUGAGCAGGAAGUACAAGAGUCCAAACGUUCGUCCACCCUUCCUUGAGUAUUUUGUCAUGACCCCAUUGACAACAUUACUGAAAUCAUGUAUCAUUGUUUUUUUAUUUUUACUAUUAAUUUCUGUCAGCUAAUGCUUCCUCUGUUUCACCUGAAUGCUUGCAGAAAGCUCACUGUGCUUAAUGGAAAUUACUUCUUUUUAGGCAUGCUUGGAAUCCAAGAAUAUAAUGGACUAUAAUAGUUCUGGGUUGAUAUGCAUUAAUGACAAUAUCAGGGAGUAAUGCACAUCGUAUGCAUAUACAGUCAUGGUUGUUACAAGGAUUACACAGUAUGGGUGCAUCUGCUGUUAAGCAGCCUUGUAUUGCAGAUGACGCUGACUGUAUAUCACAUUCCCAUCAGUGUGUACUAUUUUGGCAGUUUAAUUUCACAUUUAUGCAUAUCAGCCCCUUUCCUACAAUGAAACUGGUGCUUUUUCUAUUUACAGUGUGGUCUGAGGACAAAAAACACCCAAACCAGGCCAAGGUCCAUGUCAGGUUAAUGUCUUGUUCUUCAUUAAGAGGUUUAAAUUGGAGGCAAGUAUUUGACACGAUGAGCAAGUGUUAAGAUACGAAGUUUAGAGGUUGAGGACAGUGUGACAUAUCUUUUCUGACACAUAAAUAUUACCUGUAUGGCUUCCAGGGCACUAAGCUGGCAGCAUGUUCAUACUACAAUAUUAUUACCGUACUGCUGCCCAUACUACAGACAUUUAACAGCACACACCGCAGCUGCCAACACUCAUUUUAAAUAGUUUCUGCCUCAGAGAAUUACUGGUAUCACACCGUGCCUCUGCCAAGGGAAGGUUAAUGAAUGGGAAUCCUGUCAAGUAUAAAUCCUUGAUUGUGAUUAGUUUUCAGUUGUUUGUCUAUGCUUAAGACUGUCUUUAGAAUGCAAAUACAAGUAUUUUGGAGUAAACUUGCAUUCAUUCAUUUUGUCGCACUUCUGCAUUGCAUGGACGGACAAAACAAGAGCCACAUAACAGCAGACGGUACCUUUUAAGGCAGGCAUUUAUUUUAAACUGGGUACAACUGCACCACACAAACUGACUAAAAUGUAUGUAAAAUGUCUUCAAUCAAAACAUGAUAAAAUGUGAAAAGCUACCGUUUCUACACCUAAGGUUAUCUUGUACUUCCAGUAUUAAUCCACAGGAUAUAAAAUUCAAGAUCGUCACCUUACUCCAGACACACAAUGGGAAAUGUAAAAGAAGCAGAGUGGUCAUUUGGCUAACAUUGACAUCAGUUUCAAAGGAUUUUUCUUUCAGUCACAAACAUUAGAGUGGCAGUCCAUUGCAGACCAGGUGUUAGUCAUCCAUCUGCUUUCUUUGAACAAGCACUUUGGUGAGAGUGGUGGCAAAAACAUGACAUUGGUUAGGCCAUAAGAAAAAUGCGUACAAACUCAAUUUUAACAUCCCUUCUUUUUUGCAGAUUCACGUUUGCAGAUUUUCAUCAGCGUCUCUCCAAAACUCAUUAAAGUAGCAGUUAGUGUACACCUCAGAAAUCAUGACAUUGUAGAUAACAUGGAUGCUGGAUGAAUCAUGGCAGCAGCACAUAAUUACGCCUGCGUGAUUCGUGCUGCGGCCGUUGAGUGAUUAACAAAAUCUAGUAUGACAGACAGACAACAGAAUUAGCAAACAUAACAAUACAAAUUAUAAUCAUAAAUACAAAAAAAGUCAUUCACAUCUUUCUAAAAUAAAAUGACAUUUGCAGAUAUUUGCUUGGGUUGUUUGUGUUUUCCAUUUCAAAAUAAACCAGAAACUGAAAGGAAAGUACUUCAUAUGGGGAUGCAAACACUCUGCAACAAACUAAAGGUUUCACCAGUGACACCCUGACCAAUUUGCAAGGCAAAGGUCAUUAAAGUUCUCGUCUGUAGUAAGUUUCCGCAAUCAUUUUAUAAACACAUCAAGUUUAGAGCACAAGGGUAAAGUGGAAGAUGUCCUGUCUAGUGAUUACAAGACUUUGUGGUGAAAACAGCUAAUUUUUUUUCUUUUUUUUUUAAAGGUGUA